AUGCAUCUUUCUUUCCUUUUCGCAGUUGCCACUGCGGCCUUUGCCAGCUUCGCUGUCGCUUCUCCUGCGGAGGCCGGCGAGCAAUGUCUUUUGAUCUGCUGGGCUGAGGAGCACGAGUGCGAGGCUCCUUCGUACCCGAAGAAUCAAAAUGGAUGCUGGACUUGCUGCACUCCGUCGUCCUCUUAG